GAUAAAGUCCCGGGUUUGAGUUUUUAGUUGAUUUUUUUACGUUUUACAAAGUCGAAAUUUCGAAGUUUAUAGACGAAAUCGUAUAGCGUUUAUUUAAGUGUUUCUGUUGGUUAUACUUGAGUUGAGAAUUAUUCUUGUUGGAAUGUUAAAAAUUAAAUCCUCUUUGAUUGGGUUACGAAACAUAACAACAUGUUUUCCUGCAACUCAGUGAGCAUAAUAUUAUUAACUAUAUUGACCGUAGCUGUAUUUUUUAAAUUCGUAUUAAUCAUUUUAGUUUAAGAAGGAAUACGAAAUUAACAUAUCCACAAUAUUCUACCGUUCACGAUGAAUCAAAAAUUACGGACGAAGGUAAAUUUCUAAAGUUGUUUAAUUUUUAAAUAUUACUAUCUCUCUGGCUAUUUUUUGUGCGUGUAUAUAUUCAAACAAGGUCAGUUAAUCAUAAAUAUAUCUAUACACAUGGGCGCCCAGAGGGGUAAUUUGCCCCUCCUAGACUUCAAAAUUUAAAAUAUAAUUUUAGUAAUUAAUUAAUAUUAUUUUAUUUUAAGUAAAUUUUGCACCGCCCUGAUAAAUUUCUUGCAGACGCUCAUGUAUAUAUAUACAUUUUAGUAGAAAUGGAAGAGAAUAAUUAUUUUAGGUGUAAAAUAAAUAUAUAUGUUUUUUCCCUAUAGAUUUUAUAAAAUUGAAAAGGAAAUUCGUUUCUCCCCGUAAUAUUAUUUCAAACUUUUACAACCAAGUUGAACGGACGCAAGAUAUUAAGACAGGUUUGCAUUUCGGAUUUGUCAAAAACCAAAAAAAUCUAUGGAACUGCAAAUUAAGUGUUCAAUGGCCCAAUCCCAUUAUAUUCUCUGGUGCGGCUACGACCAAAGUCAAAGCAUCAGAUAUUGCGUCUUUGAACGCUAUUCGAUGGUUACAGGUAAAAUAAUGAAUAUUUUAUCACUUAUUAUGUUAUAAAGGUAGUCAAUGGUAUUACUGUUAUACACAUUUUUAUUAUUUAUUUCACAAGACCAGUAUUUUUUUUUUUUUUUUUAUUAUUAUUAACCAUCCGAUUUUAUAGGAUAUGGAUAAACUUGACAAUACGGGAAAACCGUUAAUAUCAAGUAAACAGCGCAUUGAUAUAGCAGCAACACCAACCACUUCAAUAGAUUUGAAAGAAAAAGAUAUAAAGCUCAUUUCUAGUUUUAUUGAAAAAUACAACCAAGUAAGUAAAUUUCAUACUUCUAUGUUUUUAUCGCAUCAAGUUAUCAAUUAAAGUUGAUUAAAUAAUUUGUAUUGUAUUAGGCAUUUGUUGCAAAUAUUUAUAAACAUUAAUAAUAUACUAAUUGUAGGAAAUUCAUCCAUUAAUAAAUAAAGAAAAGUGUGUAACCAGUGAAGAUGACAAUUCUAAUGAUGGUAAAAUCCCCACAUUAAAAUUGUAUAAAUAAGUGUAAAUAAUAUAUACUCAUAAUUAAUUUUGUAUUUUAGAUCAAUUUGAUUUUACCUUACCUAAGUUCUCACAUUUUGACCUUUCGAAACGGAACGAUUACCUGUAUAAUAAAUUGAAAAAAUUAUCAUCAGCUAAAUUAGUUCAAUUGCCCAUAGACAACUAUGAGUAUGCAAACCAAAAUAUUAUAUAAUUUAAAACCACAUAAUGUGACUAUUUAAAUUUAAUUUGCAGAAAAAACAUACUUGAAAUAAUUGAAAAUAAUCAAGUGACCAUUAUAAAAGGAGAACCUGGUUGUGGUAAAAGUACGAGAGUGCCUAAUUUCAUUAUGAAAAAAUGGAUUCAAGAUAAAUUGGGAACUGAGUGUAAUGUAUACAUUACUCAGCCUAGGCGAAUUAGUGCAAUAACACUUGCUAACCGAAUUGCUAAAGAACGCGAUGAAGAAGUAUGUAAACCUGCAAUUAAUUUGGGUAUCUAUAUUAAAUUAUUGUUUAGUGAAUGAUAAUUAUAUUUUUAAUUGAUUUUAUAGUUAGGCGAUGUGGUCGGUUAUCAAGUGCGAUUAAAACAAAUUUUACCUAAAAAACUUGGCUCUAUAGUAUUUGCAUCUAGUGGCAUAUUACUUCAGAAGUUACAAGUGGAUCCUGAACUCAAAGCAUUUUCGCAUGUUAUUAUUGAUGAAGCUCACGAACAAGAUUUAAACACUGAACUGUUACUGAUGCUUACGAAAAAUGCAUUGAAGUUAAACAAAAACUUAAAAUUAAUUAUAAUGAGCGCAACAUUAGAUGCUGAACAUUUUCAGAAUUAUUAUGGUCAAUCAGCAGCUUCCAUAUCCAUACCGGGUUUCACACAUCCUGUGGAAACUCAUUUUUUAUCGGUACAUUUUAAUAAUAAAUCUACCUACCUAAAGUAACCAUUUUUUUAAAUUUCAAAACAGACAAUUAACGUUAAAUAUUUGUAGAACAAAUUGGCAAGAGAAUGGGGUGCUUAUAGCCAAACAGUGGAACUAAAUGAUAAACCUUUAUGGAAUCCACAACUAGUCGCAAGUGUAAUUAAAUGGAUAAACAACAAAAAACCGCCUGGAGCUAUAUUAUGCUUUGUAUCUGGUUGGCAAGAUAUAAUGGAUGUAAAAAUAAAAUUUAAUUUUUAAACUUUUGACUUAUGUGAGAUUCAUAUAAAAUUUAAUGUAUGUUCACACACAGGUGAAUAAACUCCUACAGCAAAGAAUGAAUAAUUUUGAUAUAAUGUUUGCCCAUUCUAAGUUGACACCUGAAAAGCAAAUUGAAAUCAUGGAACCCGCACGGGAUGGAAGACGAAAAGUAGUGUUAGCCACAAAUAUCGCAGAAACCAGUAUCACAAUUAACGAUGUCGUGUAUGUAAUUGACACUGGUAUGCAAAAUAUAUCUAGGUAAGCUGUGUUAUGAUUUCAAGUGUACAAUUAUUAAUUUUGUUAUUUGCUAUGUUAGAAACAGUGAACCUUUGGAUACCCAUGUGCUAAAUAAAAAUAUUUGGUUUGAUUUAACUUGCCCAGUGUGUGAACAAAUUUGUUGAUCUUUUUAGAUUUGGAGAUUCGUAAAUUUAUUUUAAUAUAAUAUUUUUUUUUUAUAAAAGAAUUUUAAUAUAAAAUUUUAACUAAAAUCUUAAAUAUUAUGGCCAUUCAAACUAUGUGUAACUGAACUUCACUUCUAAUUGUUUUUCUUUAGUAAUUGCUUAUCAUUGAUUAAGGAUAUAAAUUUAAUAACUUUAUGUAACCCAUUUUCCCAACUUCCCACCUACAACAGUUGCACACCCAAUCCCAAUAUCAACUUUUUUUUCUUUUUCUUUUAAUUAUCUAAAUUAUUGAAACAAUUUAAGGAUAUUGAUUUAUGAUUUUUAACCCUUUUUAUUAGUAUUGAUCAGUUUAAGCUAUUGUUAAUGUAAAUUAAUUUUAUAGUUGGAACGCAGAAAAAGGUAUUAAGUUAUUAGAUCGUUGUUGGGUUUCUCAAGCAAAUGCAAAACAAAGACGAGGUCGUGCUGGAAGAACUCAACCGGGAGAAUGUUACCAUCUGUAUACGUUGGACCGUUUUAAAAAGUGUUCAGAAUAUUCUAUUCCAGAAAUUCAUUUAACUCCUCUCGAACAUACUAUCCUCAAUCUUAAAGUAAUUAUAUAUUACCUAAGUAUUUUAUAAUAUUGAAUUGUUUGAUAAAUGUUUUAUCAUAUACUGUAUACAAAAUUAAUGGAUUAUGUGUUUACAGAUACAUAGUCAAGACAAAGCAAAGGUUGUGUUGUCCAAACUCCUGAACCCACCCAAUAUACAAAAUAUCAACAUAGCGGUUUCAGAAUUGCAACUUCUUGGGGCGUUGGACAAAGAAGAAAACCUCACAGCUUUGGGCAAACGAAUAGCGGCGUUUCCGUUUGACCCUUGUCUUGCAAAAGCUCUAGUUCAUUCAGUAUUUUUCAAGUACAUAUAACUUUACUUGAUAUUUAUCUAUAAUUUAUUUUAGUUGAGGCCUAUGCCUGCCCGGUUUCUUUUUAACUAAAACCAUGUUUUACUGGAAAAAUUACCUCAUAGAAUGGUUCGAUUUUAAUGAUUAUUUUUCUAUUGCAAAAAUGAAGUCUUCCUACAUCUAGCAUUGAACUCCGUUCAAUGUUUUUAUCACAAACAACAAAAAGGUCAAUUUUUAACUUCUUUUUGCUAACUUUUUCAUUCCAUUAUUUUAAUCAAAUUAAUUAUCAAUGCGAGCUGUAUUAUGCUAAAAAUAAUAACAAACAGUUUAUCAUUUAAAAACAAAAUGUUUGAAAAAUAUUAUGUUAACAAUAAGUUAUUUUUGUCAUUAAAAACGACCCUACCUCUUCCCCCUAAAUGAGUAUUGGGUGAAAAAUUUUAUCUUUAUGGUAGUAAUUGAAAUGUUCAAAAUCAUUUUAAAAUUUUUCAAAAUUGGAGAAAAUUUAAAAACUGGCACCGGGCCUCCUAAUUGUAAUAAUAUUAAUUUGUAAUUUUUAGGUGCCUAGAUUCUACACUAACGAUUAUAACCUACCUGUCGAGUAAUAUGAACAUAUUUAAAGAAACUACCCCUUACGAUUCCCGACGAAUGAAAUCUGAAUAUUCAUCAUGUAGUGAUCAUUUAGCUGUUGCAAAUAUAUUUUCCGAAUGGAACAAUACCCAAAAUGCAUUACAAUCAAAUGAUACCUAUGACAAUAGAAACACUACAAACUAUUCACUUUCUAAAAAUAGUUUAAUAAUGACUUAUAGUAAGUAUCUGUAUAUUUUUUGAUUUUCAUUAAAUUAAAUUGAAAAUUGCUAAAAAUUCAUCUGUGGAAUAUAUUUAAAUUGUAUUUUUUUAACAUUUUUCACAGGAUUAAAAAAUUUAUUCGCGCAACAUUUGUACAACAGUAUGCUUAUUGAAGAUAAAGAUGUAGAUGAUAUAAAUUUAAUAUCGCAAAAAUCAUUAAAUCAACUUUUACCAGCUGUAUUAGUCUCUGGAUUUGGGAAUUUAGUGUUUAGAAAAUCAUUUUUACGACGAAACGGUCGUAAAGACUAUGUUUAUAUUAACGAGUACGAAUGUUUCUUUAUGUUUAGUAUAUUUUAUAUUUAUUGAAAUUAAAAUUUUUGGUUUUAGUGCCGGAAUAAAAGUAAUUUUACAUUCGGAAAGUGUUAAUUACAAUAAGGGAAAAGAAACCGAACUCUUAACUUAUUUUAGAGAAGGUAGAUCACUCAAUAACGAUAUAGUUAUGCUUAACACGUCAUCAUAUGUUCCUCCUAUAUUAGCUAUUCUAUUUUUUAAUGGCCAAGCAUCAUUUAAACAUGUAAGUUCAAUAAUAUUUGAAUAUUUAAUACAAUCCGUAUAUCAUUUUGAAUAAUUAAUUUUUCAGGACGGACGUGACAAUUGUAUGAUAUACUUAAAAAAUGGACAGCGUGUAAACAUUUCUUGUUCCAAAGGGUAAGCCAUAUUAAUAAUUGUAUAUUAUUUAUUUAAAGCUGUGAUACGUGUUAAAUAUAUGUGUGUGUGUAUAUAUUAAUUGCAUGUUAUACAUAUAUAAAAUUUUCAUUGGACAUUUUAAUUGGUUUUAUUUUAUCGGGAUAUACUAAUUUUCUUGUGUAUAAUUUAUAUAUCAUCUUUAUGUUUGGUGUAAUUACAUACUGUAGUUGCUGAUUUAAACCAAUAGCAUUGAUUGUUUAACAAAUCUAAAAUAUUUUGAAUAAUCAUUUCUUGUUGAUAUAAUCUAAAGACCUUUGAGCUAUCGUGAUUAAGAAACAAUAAUUAUUACGAGUUGCAUUUUUUUUUUCUUAACAUCAAUAUAUCAUUUGAAAUUAAUAUUAUACCAUUCUCCAAAUAAUAUAUUAACCUUAUUUGUAUUUUUGUGUUUCAGUGAUUGGCAACAGCUACUGUCGCUGAGAAACGUUUUAAGGAAUUUCAUUAAUUUUCUAAUGGAAACCUACGGACACAAUGAAAUCGACGAACAAUCUUAUAACGAAAUAAUGAGGUUCCGAGAUUAUAUGUGUUCUGUUUUAUGUAAACUCGUUGAAAAAUAAAUAUCACAUUUGUUGUUAGAUCAUAGUUCCCCUAUUUGUAGAUCAAACAAAAUAAUAUAUUACAUUAUAUAACAUGUAUAUAUAUUUUUGUAUUAUACUAUGUUUAUGUUUAAAAGUUAUUUUUUUAUUAUACUUUAAAAAAAAACAAAACAAAAUCUUGUAUUUAUGUUAAAGUUGC